GCAGACACCGAAACUCCGAGUCCAACAGAGGUCGAACCCACCCGGUGUGGACCGUCAGGGAAAAGAUGGCGGCGGCGGCGGAGGGUUUGUUGAAUUGAGAGAGCGAGUCCAGGUCCUUCUGUUCUCCUCCACUGCUCGGACCCUUCUCCUUUUUUCCCACCUUCUUCCCCCCUUUCUGACAAACCACAAUAUUUGAUCUCGCCUGUGUUUUCGCUGCGGGUUUUGAUUGUGUGGGAAGUCGCUGUUGUUUCUCCGGUUCUUGCUGCUUUACGCGCGCAAAUAUCACCCUCGGCUCUUCAACAGCCUACUCUUUUUUUGUGUGUUGCUUUUUUUUUGCCCCUCCAAAAAAGUACAACAAAUCAACACAAACCCUUCGUCAUAAGCCCAGCUCUGCGCGCGCAGAGGCAAAAAGCAAACACCCUCACUUUCUCUUCGCGCGAGAACGAAACUCGGAUCAAGACAAGCCGCCCUAAGCGACGACGAUGGACUCCGUUUUGCGCCAGUCCAAGGCCAUGUGCCCCUUCAUGAAGAAGGCCACCGCCGCCGGCCUCCGCGCCAUGACGACGGCUGCCCGCCCCGCCGCCUCGCCGUGCGGUGGCACCAUCUCCAAGCUGCAGACCCUCGCCCGUCGCUGCCCCGUCAUGGGCAAGGCUAUGGCUGUCCAGUCGGCUCGCAUUGGCCAUGCCGGCAUUCCCGGUGUUGCUGGCCGGGCCAUGUCGACUGUCUCUGCCCACGGAAAGACGAGCAAGGCAAAGAUUCACACGAGCGGUGCUCAGGAGGCGCAGGCUGUCGAGGGCGCCAUUUUCAAUGGCCGCGAGAAGGUCCCGCUUCCUCCUAGAAUCCCAACCAAAGCGCAAGCCGCUGCCAACACCUUGACUGCUGCCCGCACCGCCGCGCCGGUGACGCACAAUGGCACCAAGUUCGAUUACGAGGGCUUCUACAACAAUGAGCUUGAGAAGAAGCACAAGGACAAGUCGUAUCGCUACUUCAACAACAUCAACCGUCUCGCAAAGGAGUUUCCCCGCGCCCACAUGUCAACCAGGGAGGAAAAGGUUACUGUCUGGUGCGCCAACGACUACCUCGGCAUGGGCCGCAACCCCCAGGUUUUGAAGGCGAUGCACGAGACCUUGGACGAGUACGGUGCUGGCGCCGGUGGUACGAGAAAUAUUUCUGGACACAACAGGCACGCGGUGGAAUUGGAGGCAACGAUCGCCAAGCUGCACGCUCAGGAAGCAGCGCUGGUCUUCAGCUCGUGCUACGUGGCCAACGAUGCCACGCUCGCGACGCUGGGGAGCAAGAUGCCAGACUGUGUCAUCUUGUCAGACAGCCUGAACCACGCCUCGAUGAUCCAGGGUAUCCGCCACUCUGGGACCAAGAAGGUCAUCUUUAAACACAACGACGUAAAGGAUCUGGAGGAGAAGCUCGCGGCGCUGCCGCUGCACGUCCCCAAGAUCAUCGCCUUUGAGUCCGUCUACAGCAUGUGCGGAUCCAUUGGCCCCAUUGAGGAGAUUUGCGACCUGGCUGAGAAGUACGGCGCCAUUACUUUCCUCGACGAGGUGCACGCGGUGGGCAUGUACGGGCCACACGGCGCCGGUGUAGCGGAGCACCUCGACUUUGAGGCGCACGCGCAGGGCAAGCCUCGCGGCACCAUUAUGGAGCGUAUUGACAUCAUCACCGGUACUCUGGGUAAGGCUUACGGCUGCGUUGGCGGGUACAUCGCCGGCAGCGCCAAGCUGGUCGACACAGUGCGCUCUCUUGCGCCCGGGUUCAUCUUUACCACCUCUUUGCCACCUGCUGUCAUGGCUGGUGCUCGGGCGGCGAUUGAGUAUCAGAUGAACUACAACGGCGACCGCCGUUUGCAACAACUACACACCCGGGCUGUCAAGGAGGCCCUCGGGGAGAGGGACAUCCCUGUGAUUCCCAACCCGAGCCACAUCAUCCCCAUCCUGGUCGGCAACGCCGAGCUGGCCAAGCAGGCGAGUGACAAGCUCCUGCAGGACCACAAGAUUUACGUCCAGAGCAUUAACUACCCCACCGUUCCUGUCGGUCAGGAGCGUCUGCGGAUUACGCCCACCCCCGGCCACACCAAGGAGUACCGCGACCACCUCGUCGGGGCCAUCCAGACGAUCUGGGAGGAGCUCGGCAUCAAGCGGACGAGCGAGUGGGCUGCCGAGGGGGGGUUCAUCGGGGUUGGGGAGCCGAACGCGGCGGCCGAGGAGCCGCUGUGGACGGACGAGCAGCUUGGUAUUGCCGAGGCGGCGAGGACGAUUGAGCAGGAGGCCAAGACGACGACGACUCGGGGUGGGCUGACGGAGCGGUUGCUGGAAAGGGAGAUGGAGGGGUUGCAGACGGCGAGCGCAGCUGCUUAAAUCUUGGGAUUUAGGCAAGUUGGUCUGUCCUGUCGAUGUGUGACCUUGAUCGUUUUGUGUGUGUGUGUGUGUAUACACGAAAUUUCUUAACUUCUCUUCUUGUCCCAAACACCACCGUUUGCUCUUGGGGGGCUCACCGGACCGGAUAUAAACCAUUGAAAUACGUUCUUUUUGAGCGAAAAGCGAUGUGUGGUGGUUUUGUUGUUGUUGUUGUUAUCGUCGUCGUCUUGAUCUUGUAAGCGGGGGACAAUCUCUUGCCCUACUGGCUUGCAUAUUUGUGUCUUUUUGCUUCGUCGCUCUUUCGAUUGGUCUUUUCCUCCUAAGGGGAGUUACGUUAGGCGAGAGGCUUACCUUGGCUGCUAUCUACCUAUCCAAUACAUACCUUACUAUGAAAUGGGUAGGAGGAGGAAAGCAGUGGUUUUAACUUAUAAAUAUGACGAAUGAUGGGGAAAUUUCUCCCUGUCUUUGUUGGCUGGCUACAUGCCUGGCUGUUUACAUUA